AUGAAGGAAGUUCGGUAUAGAGGAGUUGUAGAUACACUGUGCAGUGUUGGCCAAGGAUUCAAAAGUUGCUCGUUAUACAGUGGCGGCAAUGAAAAAUGGGACACGACGGUUUUGAGUAAGUUGUUUUAUCUUUCAAUUGGUUUUUGUUCAUGAGUUAUUGAUUUAAAAAUUUAUUUAAAAAUGUUCAAAACCCAAAAAAGUUCAAUUCCGCUUGAAAAAUCUGAGGUUUUUUAAAUUUAAAAAAUCUUUAACUCUUUUACCAUAGGAGAUGCAAUAUGAAAACUUUCAGAAGUUGUACAACUUUUUAUGCUCUUAAAACGUACUUCAAAAAAAUUAUGCACAUACUUAGGAAGUAUAGGGUACGGUAGAAUUACUGUAACUUUUUUGAAUCAACAAAAUUUUUUUUUUCAAUUUUGUUGACAAAAAGGAUAUUGUAAAAUCACAAAUAUUUUAAGCCUUAUUUUUUUAGUUUCAGGAAAGUUUUACCCAAAACCGUAUGUUUUUAUUGCCGCCACUGUACAUAUAUUUCGUUAUAGAGGAGUUACACACCAAAAUUGUUUAAAAAUUUUAUGUAAAUUUUGAUUUUUUAUCAAAAAAUCCUCGCAAAGCUAAGUAUGGCUGUUCUUAAAAAUGCCAUACCAAUUAGGUUUCAAGACUUUCGAAACGUCACGUGAAACAAUUGUCGAGUUGUUUUGAAACGCCAAACUCUCGACCUACCACCCCCAAUUUUGAUACCAGCUGUUCUGUCUAAAGAAUAUAAAUAAAUCUGAUUCAUUUGUUCUUUUGAGACUGCUCUAUCUUAAGGUCUUUUUAUCAUAUAUUUAAUCUUUUCAAAUUCUAUUUUUGUAUACAUUAGAAAUUUGAGUGUAACAAACUCCUCGUUAACGGAAUUUCCGUGUAACCCACAAGUUUUGAGCCCCGUCUACCACUAUGCAGCACAUUUAAAAUUAUUGUAUAUUACAGGGUGCGCCAAAAGUUCUGUUACAAAACUUUAUCGGUCGUUUUCUCUAUAUUGCGGUUAAAUUAUUUAGAAAUUUUUUAUUUUUGCUUAUUCUCUGUGUUUUUUUAUUGUAUAAUGAUAAAAGUUGAGACUUCAUGUAAAAAACUGCCUUAUAAUGAACAAAUUUUUAAUCUUCAAGCGAUUUAGAGGUUCCAGUGUAAUUCGUUUGUAGUACAUUAAAGAAAGACGACUACAAUUUUUAUUGUGAACAAAUGAUUUGUUAAUAGUGAGGCUAGCUUUUUUUCAAAUAAAGAUUUUUUUAAAAGCCGCGGAAAAUUAGCGAAACGAAAAAAGGUUUGGCAUUCUGUUCCAAAGACGAAAUUUUUUUUCGAUAAAUCUAUAAAUCUCGUUUCUUUGCUUUUUAAAUUAGAUGAGCCAUCGUUUAGGUUAUAAGAUAUCAAAUCUAUUCAUAAUAAAAAUUAGUUUAGAUUAAAAAAUGGAAGGUGAAUGGAACGACGUAGACCCAGCGCAAUUUUUAGAUGAACCAUUUCACAAUAAUGCCUUUCCUGAAGCAGGUAACUGGAGACGCGGAGACGCUCGGCAACCUGAAGCAGGUAACUGGAGACACAGAGACGCUCGGCAAAGAAGAUGGGGAGAAGUACAACCUCAGAUGGAAGAAAAUUUUCUUCAGGAGCGUGAAGCUAUUCGUCGUGCUGAGUUCAACAGAGAGCGUACUCAAAUCACAAAGCGGGUUCCUCUAACCGUCACUCAGCGUGAAAAUGUUGAAAUGGAGCUUCAAGUGGACGCUUUUAAAGACAGUCCACAGUUUACUACGACUUUACUGAUUGAAUAUAACCGUGGAGUAAGUUAUGUUUACUUAUUUUUUGGUAAAAAAACUUAAUUAACCUGUGGUUUUGCACUGGGUGAUAUUGAAGUAGACAUGGAAAACGGGCCGGACCCAUUUUUCAUAUCCGGAUCGAAAUUUUGCUCAGGCCCGGCCCGAUCGAAAUCUUGCUCAAGGCCGGCCAGUUUCUCAUGUCUAAUUGAAGAUAAAUGUUACAAUUAUAGUACAAACGCAUUGGUUUUAAAAUCCAACCUAUCUCACCAGCAUGGCAGAAAGUUCACGUACGUAUCGCGUCCGUGAGGGAUUCUCGAUUUGAUUCUCGGAAUCCCUUGUCCAACAACAUGUUACGAAUGGAGAAAGUUGACAAUGGCGAAGCAUUGGUAAGCUUUUUUACGUGUUAAAUUUAUGUUUAAACAUCUUCUUUGUUAAUGUUAAAAGGUUUAUCGAUGUUAAUUUACAUUUGUUGAGGUUUAUCGUUAUUAUUUUACAAGAAUUUUUGAUUUCAGUACGCUGCCGUUUCGGUUCCAGGUAGCCUAGAAUGUGGUGUUGAAUUUUUAUUCUCAACCGAACGCAAUGAAGCUGAAAAUGGAGAAGGGCGAAGAUCGAACCGAAAUCAGCCAGAAAAUAAAGUAACUUUUUAAUGAGUCAAUACAGGGUGCGCCAAAAGUUCUGUUUUAUGUUUUGUAACAGUAAUUUUGGCGCACCCUGUAUAUAGGUUAGAAAACUUACAUAAGCAUAGAACAUUGUAAAAGACUAAAACUAGAUAAGCAUAGAACAUUAUAAAAGACUAAAACUAGAUAAAAAUACAACGUUAUAAAAGACUACAACUAUAAACUCAAAAACUAUUUAAGUUCCAAGCAUCAAAAAUGUUCAUGGACGAGAAAUACAGCGACUUCACUUUUGUCUGUGAAUACGAAGGAGAAGAGACCAUUCGUAUACCAGUACAUAAAGUUAUUGUUGGUCCUUCUUCGCCUUAUUUUCAAGGAAUGUUCUUUGGCCAACAUGAAGAAAGUGCAAAUGGCGAAGCUGUUGUUAACACUUUUAAACCGAAUGUAAGUGUAAUGGCUCUUAACUAUUAUAGCUAAAACUGAAAGGGGGCCUCAAGAUUUGGUUGCUCUUUUUAGGCCUAAUUAUAGCACUUUUCUUACAGGAUGUACUAAGAAAAUAAGAAAAAACUUCAAAAUAUGUGUUUUAGUUUAGAAAAAAUAAUCAAAUUAGGGUUUAAUGCUAUUAAAAUUUCAAUUUAUUGCCAAAAAUAUGAUUCAAACACGACGGAGAAGUUCAGUCUUCAAGUCUUUCAAAUUAUCGACCAGCUGCUCAAAUAUAGUCAAGCCAUUGUCCGUUAGGUCAUCGAGAAUACGAUCGUCUUGUCGCGACUUAGCCAAGGCUAAUAUGUCCAAAAUUUGGCGCAAAACUCUUCUGCCAACAAAGCCAUUCCUUUUUGGAUGAACCGCCUGAUCAAGAUCAAUAAGUUUUCCAAUCAACAAACGAAGACCAGUACUGAGCGGGUGUUGUUGAUCGUUACGGUGAAGAAGUAGUCUGACAUCGUUGAGAAGGUCGUGCGGAUUGACACCGUGUUUGGAUCCGUCUUGGUAGCAUUCUAGGAUUAGGUUGGGCAUAAAGGUGUUGAUUGUGAACUUGGACACGUUGAUUUCGGCCGCUUUUAGUAUGGUCUCAAUCAUGGUGUGUUCUGACAAAACGGUGCGGCUCUGGUAAUAGUUAAGAAAUUAAUAUAUUAUUAAUGACUCUUUAAUGGUUAGUUGGAGUUAUUAAUUUUUAGGAAUGCCAACUUAGAAACGCAUAUUUAGCUCGAUUUACUAAACCAUUCCUUUAAUUUUUAGUUCAAUCUUACCGGGUUUAAAACGCUGAGCAGAUCAAUUAUGAAAUCAAUGUAAUGUAGCUCAACAUCAUUAGCUUUAGCCUCCAGUAAGUCUCGUAGUUCAACCAGAGACUCCAGGGCUUUAUCGAAAUGUUUUCCUUGAUACUUGUUAGGUGGCAGAGCUAUAAUAUUAUCAUUGGCGCGUUCUAGAAGAACCGACAUUUGAUCAUACACAUUGUACUUUUCUCCAAGUUUUACCGCCUUAAUUAGGUAUAUUAAAGCAUUUUUUAAACGUUUUAAGCUGGUGUUAAACCUGGGGGGCUAGGGUCGAGGUGAGGGCUAAGGCAAAGGCUAGGGUAAGAGCCGUGAAAUAGAUCUAGGGGGUAAUAAGACUAAGGCUAAGGCUAGCGCUAAGAGGUAGAACUAAGGCUAUGGCUAUUAUAGAGUUAACGUAAAGGGCUAGAAAAUAAGUCGUUAUUUUGCACAUACGUCCUCUUCGUACUGUAACAAGUGUUCAUUGGCGAUUUCGUAUGAUACGUUGAUCCGGUAGUAGUUGAGCAAGCCUAUUAAGACCUUCUUUAGCUUAUCAUCGUCACAAUAGACCUAUAACAUAUUUUUCUUAAUUUUAAAAAAAUUUUGGGAAGAUUAACGAUAGAACAAAAUUUUUAUUUUAAAAAACGUCACAGUAACUUACAAAAGGAACGGUAACCAUAAAAACCAAUAAAAGCUUCAUUUUGAACAAUGAGACAAAUUGAUGUCAUUACGCUUUAUAUACUGUGACUUUAAUCACCAUAUAAAAUGACAUGACAUUUGAGUGUUAACAGCAAUUUAUAUUUAAAUUUACUUUUAUGCAUAAUGCAUGGAGUGACAUUAAAUUUUAUUGUUUUACAGCGGGUUUUGGAUGUUUUACAUGGCUUUAAUAACAUCUUUAGGGCAAGAAUCAUUUUGCAAAAAUAACAAAAUUUUAAAAUUUGAGACUAGGAAGCUCUGGAGCUGAAACGCUAACAAGGUAACAAUGAAAGUACCCGACCUGCCCCGCUCUGAUUAACUUCAAAAUUUUUAUAUAGAAAGAUCAUGUAAAUAUAAGAUCUUCAGCAAAAUAAAUCGCACUUCCAGCCAAACUCGAGAAAAUCGAAAUCAAAAAAUUGCGUUUUGAAUUUCCCGCUACGUUGGCAUUGUGUUUCAAGCUUAUAACUCUGUCAAUUUUUAACUUUUAGGAGUUUUUCUUUGAUAUACUAGUAGAAAACCGUUAAGUGAACCUACAUUUUUAAAUUUGUAAGCGUAGCUUGGCUGGAAAGUCGAAAAAAGUGCUUGAAACAGAAUGCCAAAUUGGCGGGAAACCAAAAUAAUUUAAAUUCAGAACUCAAAAGCGCGAGCUAAAAUUUUUUAUGGGUACUAUUGGUGGUACAAGGAACUCAUGUAAAAAUUUUGAACUGAUUCUGAGUGGGGCAGGUCGGGUGCUUUUCUUGUAAGAUUAAAAAAAGCAGAGUUGGAGGUUUUAAAUUUUGAAACGGUGUUUGGAAUAACAAUUUUAAAAUUUGAGACUAACAACAUGUACUUGAAUAACAUAAAAUUGGGUUUCAGAUUGUAAAAGAGAUCUUCUACUACAUUUACAAUAAUAAAAUCUCGGACGAAGCGUACUCGAACUGCUCGGAGAUUGUAAAAGCGGCUGACUACUUUCAAUUAGAUGGCCUGAGAGAUCAUUGUUUGGCCGAAGUUGGGAAGAAUAUCAACCGCAACAACGUGCUUGACCUCAUUUGUUUGGCUGGUCAAUUUGGAGGCGUGGACAUUUCCUCAAAGGCUAAGAAAUACGUCGAUACCUACAUGACCAAGGAUGAUAUUGUAGGUUGCUUGAUUUUUUUGUUUUAAUUUUUUUUGCUAUAAAGGGUAAGGUAAGAUAGGGUUGGAAAAAGGUUUUCAAAGAGGUUGUUAAGGGACAAAAAGUAAGAUCCACUUAUAUAGAGAAAAAUGUUUUUAACAAGGAAGUGAAAUGUGUCCAUGUACUUUUGGUUCAAGGAAAGUACCCUACCUGCCUCGCUCAGAAUCAGCUAAAAAUUUUUAUAUGAAUUCUUUGUACCACCAGUAGGACCUAUAAAAAAUGUUUGCUUGCGCUUUUGAGUUUUAAAUUUGAAAUAUUUUGGUUUCCCGCCAAUUGGCAUUGUGUUUCAAGCACUUUUUUUUGUCUUUUCAGACAAGCUGCGCUUACAAAUUUAAAAAUGUAGGUUGAUUUAAAGGUAUUUUACUAGUAUAUCAAAGAAAAAUUAAUAAAAGUCAAAAAAGGCGAAGUUAUAAGCUUGAAACACAAUGCCAAUUUGGCGGGAAAUUAAAAACGCAAUUUUUUGAUCUCCAUUUUCUCGAGAUUGACUGGAAAGCGCGAUUUAGUAUUUUGCUGAAGAUCUUAUAUUUACAUGAUCUUUCUAUACAAAAAGUUUGAAGUCAAUCAGAGCGGGGCAGGUCGGGUACUUUCCUUGUUAGCUCCAGUUUCAGCUCUAGAGCUUCCUAGUCUCAAGUUUUAAAAUUUUGUUAUUUUUGCGAAAUGAUCCUUGAAAUAAAAAUAACUUUCUUUGAAAGUUUUAUAUUGUUUUAGAAGGAGCUCUACACAAACCUGAUUCACAAUAACCCAGAAGCCGCCAUUCAUUUCUUCACCAGCACCUGA